AUGAGCGAGCAGGAGGUGACCUACUCAGAACUGAAAUUUCACACUCCUACUCAACAGCAAAGCAGACAAAGAGCUGAGAUCGCCAAGAACAAAGAUUCUCCUUCUCCUCUGUGGAGGAUCUUUGCAGUAAUCUUUGGAAUCCUCUGCUUGGCUUUGCUGGUAACAUCAGGGCUCUUGGGUGCUCUGGUAUGCAGAUGGCAGCAAAACUUCAGCCAGCAGCAGGGAAUUCUGGAAAAUCUUACCUGCCAGCAAAUUAUUUUGGAAAACCAAACUCGUGAGCUACAGGAAAUCCUAGAAAACCUCACAUCGGAGAGAGAUCAUCUUCAAGUCCAGAAUACUAAUUUCUUGAACACUUUGCAGUCACUUUCUUUCAAUGGAAACAACUGCAUAAUCUGUUCAAAGGACAAAUUGAUGCAAAAUGGUGAGGACUGUUACUACUUUUCUAUUAAAAUAUAGAGUUGGUUUGAGUGUAAAGUGUAUUGCUCUUCCCUGGCCUCUAGACUGAUGAAAAUAGAAAACAAGGAAGAGCCGGUAGAGAUUGCCUCUAAAACACUGGAUUAUUCCUCUUACUGGAUUGGAUUAUCCCAUAAUGGAGCAGGUGGGCCCUGGUUAUGGGAGGACAGCACAGCUCUCUCCAUUGAUGUGUAA